CCAUGCACACCGAAAAGACCGAAUGAAUGGUUCUAUUCAGGUGUCUAAGGCGUGACGAUGUGCUGUCUUAUAGGUAUCAAGUUUUGUCUGCUGCUCUACUUCUCCUACACUAGACCUGGUUGGUUCCGGGUGGAUUUGGUGGAGAAACAUUUGGUGUAGGGCUUCAGGGCUAGCGGCAGUGGAUUCAGUUUUUUUCUUUCUAACAUUUUGGUGGACCUAAAUAAAUUGUGGUGGAUCAAAAUAUAUGUUGGUGGAUCUAAAUAUAUUUUGGUGGAUCUAAAUAUAUAUUGGUGGAUCUAAAUACAUUUUGGUGGAUAUAAAUAUAUUUUGGUGGAUUUAAAUACAUUUUGGUGGAUCCAUGUGGAUCUAUGGUGGAAACUAGCGACUUCCAGCUGCAUCAGACCAGGACUUGUAAGGAAACAAAUAAAACUCCAGAGCCGUGUCACCACUAGAAAACACGGACAUGGUGCCAUAGAAACAGGUGGACCCUAACAUGAUGUUACCAUAGCAACAAGCCGCUGUCCACGAUGACGUCGACCGAGUUCCACGGCAAGUUCAAGGUCACUGCCUUGUUCAUCUUCGGCUUCCUGCUGGGCACCUACCUGUUUUCGGAGAUCCGGCCCUCGCUCCGGCUCCGGUUCAACGACUGCCGGAUCAAGGCCAUGCAGGCCGUCAAGGCGAGGAUCGACGCCUUCCGACGCCAGACUCGCGAGGCGCCUGACUCAGCGCCGGACACUGACGCCGAGCCGAGGUCAGAGGUUAAGGACGAGAAGUUUCUGUUUAUCGGCAUCAUGACGGCCCGGAAGUUUCUGGACACGAGGGCGUUGGCCAGCAGCCGGACAUGGGUGCCGCGCGUCCCCGGGAGGGUUGUUUACUUUCUAGGGGAGGGGGAGGAAUACAAAGGUAGCCUGAACGUGAUCCAGCUGAAGGGGGUGAAGGAGAACGACUACCCCCCACAGAAGAAAUCUUUCGCCAUGGUGGACUACAUGAGCAAACACUUCGCCAGGGACUACAAGUGGCUGAUCCGUGCAGACGAUGACGUGUACAUGAAGGUGGACGAACUGGUCAGGUUCCUCAAGUCUAUUGACGACUCCAAGCCUCUGUAUAUAGGUCAGCCUGGCUUCGGCAAGCCGGUCGAAGAGGGCAAACUCGGCCUCGCAGGGGCGUUCUGUAUGGGGGGCCCUGGAGUGAUCAUGACGUCAAAGAUUGUGACGGGGGUGGCCCCGGGGCUCAAAGAUUGCCUAAAGGUCACGGUCACGGGACACGAAGACACGGAGCUGGGGCGGUGCAUCACCAUUAACACGGGGGUGCAGUGUACCAUAGCGUUUCAGAUGAAAGAGCUCUUCUACCAAAACUACGCCGAGCUGGAGUUACCCAACAGUUCCUUCAAGAAAGGUCUGGGGAAGGACGAGCAGAAAGCCUUGACCCUGCACCCCAUCAAAGAAGCCUCCUAUGUCUUCAGGAUGGACAAUUUCUUUAGCAACGUUACAAUGCAGAAACUCCGAGAAAAGCAAAAGAUGCUAAAAGUGGAAAUGGACAAGUUCGACAAGAUUAUUUUUGGUAACAAUGGCCGACCCGCGAGCAAAGCUUCCGUUUCCGGUUCAUCACAACCAGUGCACGAUGACGUCCAGAGUGACACGACGAUAUUCCAAGAUGCCGUCAGAAGGCGACGCGGCCACGUCAUCAACAUGGAUCAGAUCCGUCUGCUGCCCGAGGGUAAAUCUAUCUACCAUGGGCCGGAUCGAUCCUGGGAAUUUAUUCGAUACAAGCGGAUGUUUAGCACGACGUUUGAGACGGGCAAGUUGGAGUUCUCCAUCGAGUACAAGAGAAGAACCGAGCUGCACCAGGAGAUGGUUAAUCACGUGAAAGCGCUCCCUGACCUCUCGAGGUCAAGCCCUAAGUUUGUGAACGAGACCUACCACCGGACCACCACCAACCGGGGGGUGGAGGUCUUGCUUUUCGUCAAAAAGUGGCACCAAAACAAAAAGUACAUCCAACCUAUUUACCUCAGGAAGCCCUUUCACCCCGCCCUGGUGGACUUUAGGGAGGCGGACCGAGGGGACGAGGAGCUGGGGGAGAGGGGGAAGACGAUCUACAUGCUGAUGCCGCUGUUCCAGAGGUCAGCCAUCUACAAACGGUUCCUGGACAUGCACGCAUCGGCUGUUGCGGGCUACAAGGGCAAGGUCGAGCUGAGACUGGUCGUGUUUAUUGACGACAGGGGAGAGUACAAGCUCCUCUCCACUAUGACGUCAUCCAUCUUGGACAGCCGGCCCUACCUGGACAUUAGGGUCAUCUAUCUAGACGAGCCCUUCAACAGGGGCAAAGGUUUGAUGACAGCACUGGCUGACCUCCCCUACACAUCGCUACUUUUGUUUAUGGACGUGGACAUGGAAUAUUCCUCCCAUUUCCUGCAUCGUGUGUCCAAGUACACCGUCAUGGGCCAGAGCACAUUCUUCCCUAUUUAUUUUGUGCAUUUUAACCCCGACUCUAUAUGCUACAAGCAAGAGGACUGUGACACCCUGCUCAACAGCCGCCGUGACGAGGUGGGGUUGUGGCGGAGCUUCAGCUACGGUAUAGGGGCCGUCUACAAGAAGGAUCUUAUCAAAGCAGGAGGGUUUAAGACGGACAUCGUGGGCUGGGGCCUGGAGGACGUGGACUUCUAUGAAAAGUGUAUCGCUCUAGGUCUGGCGGUGGUGCGGGGUUCGGAUCCCUCUUUGAUACACAGAUUCCACCCAAGGGAGUGCAACAUGUCACUCCCGGAAAAUCAAUUAAAACAGUGUAUAGACAGCGGCAACGCCAUGUUGGGUUCUGUCAAAAACUUGUACCGGAUAUUGAAUGAUGUGUCGGGUGGGGAGGGGGUUUGACGACAGCAUUCCUAGAAAAAGAUUUCCAAUGGAUAUUUAUGUCUCAUGUCAAAGUAUUUAUAGAGCUGUGAGUAUUCCAAUUGCGCUAAGGUCAAGGGCAAAAUAAGAACAUUAAGCAGCAUUUUAAAUGUGUUUACAACUGAAGAAUUUACAGGCGAUGUAUCAUUUAUGGUCAUAAUGACGCUGUUAAAUGCCAACACGUUUAUAAAAAUAUUUCAAC